CAGCGAGGGGCACAAUGACAGAAAUAUAAUCAAGGAAGGGUACUUAAAACGCGAGGGAGGGACGUUCUCUACUAUUGCCUUUCCAACAGCUCGCCUUGACAGUACACUGACUGACCAAUGCACAAUGAAUACCGACGACCAGGUUAUUAUGACCAUGGCAGCACAAACUGGUGCAACGCUCAGAACUCUCCUGGAGGCGAAAAUUGUCGAUGUCUGUGAACGCACACUUGCUGAGCGUUUGACUGAUAUUAAUAAAACGAUUGACGUCUUGCAGGUGAGCCUCCAGUCAACUGCCAUGAGCCUGGAUUCUAUUCAUGCCCAACUAAGGACCCAGCCUGUCGCCUCCGCACCCGCAUCGUCUCUGGACAUCGAUUCCUCCACCCUUCAUCGGAAGUCGGGUAGCAACGAAGCUGGUAACAUCGUCCCACCGGUCAGGCCUAUGGCAUCCCAUUAUCACGUCCUGGGGGACCAGUCAAACGCAUCCACAAGGGAGUCCUACCGUCUCCACACAACGCAGGAGUCGCCGCAGACGCGCGCGACUUGCGGCCGCUUCCAGAUACUCUACGACGCAAAUUUGCGAUGAUCAGCAGGUGUUGCAGCACCUUUCUGGGUUGAAAACCCUCACUCAGGAGCUGGGUAUCUUCAAAACGACCCCGCCAUCUCGGGGCCAGUCACGCCCCCCUACCAAUCGGUCAAAUAGACGACUCCAGGCGUUGAUGAGCCGAGUGCUCACCGACUCGCAAUCUUCCAACACUACAACGCGGGUUGUCCAGAAUACAGACAAGCUCACCGUUGUGGCUCGAUCGGACCCCGAACGCGGGACUGGGUAUCUAUUUAGUGUUUAGAUCGCACGCCGACGAAUUAAGCUGGGGACAAAAGGGCGUCAGAUCGCGUCGCCUUUGCGGAGACCCGCCCUCUUGACGAGGCCAAUCUGUUAGGGAGUCUGUUUCCAACGGGCAGGAGGAAGACAAUUAUCAUAAUCAUUCAACACAAAAAAAAAAAAAAAAAACUGCUCGA